AACAAAAAAUUAUAAUAUUACCAAACAGUAACAAAAAUGGCUACAGUCAGAGCAACAAAAAAUUAUAAUAUUAUCAAACAGUAACAAAAAUGGCAUUUCUUCAUCUUUUUCUUUCCCCCUCAUCCUUGGCAUCAUCUUCACCAUCCUCCAUCUUCACCAUCCUCUUCUUAAUGGGUUCCUUGCGGGGAACCCAGAUAAUCCUCUUCUCAAUGGGUUCGUCGCGGGGAACCCAGUUUUGGGUUCUUGCGCGGAACCCAGUUUCUAGAUUGCGACAAUUACCGUUGCCAGACAAAAGUGGUAGCUGCAGCGACGGUGGCAGUCCCAAGCGCAAGAAGCAGAUGAUGUUGGCUCCCUCUUGGGUCGAACUUCGAGAAAAAGUCUCUAAGCUUUAUGGUUCAUGGUUGUGGGAAGAGGAUGCAGACUGGGGACUAGGGGUAUUUGAGAAUAUGGUACUCUUGGAUAGCAAGUUAAUGUCUCGUCCACAAGCAAACCCUUCUGCAACUCGAAGGAUUAGAGGUAAGUCCCCUAACGAGGCUAAAUCCUCUGUAGAGAAGGGGCACAAGUUCGAGGAAGACGUGAAGGAGGCUUGGUCGGAGGUUGUUGAUGUCCUCAGGAAAGGAGUAGAAAGUAAAAGGAAAAUCAGCCUUAGAGGAGCUAGAACGUAAUGGAGCAUCAAAGGUUUUGCUUGACAAAUCAACGACUGUUCUUGCUAUGCAAGUGGAUGUUGUCCAUCCAUCUAUAGGUUAACAGUAGGUAGUUACUGGCAAGCAAGGACAGAGCUAGGAUUUGAUUGGGGGGGCGGGGGGGUGGGAGGGUGGGGCGCAAAGCUUUUUUUAAAAGUAGAGAUGAAACAGAAGCUCGAUAAAUGCUCUAAAAGGGCAAUGGCAAUGGCAAGGAAAGGAUAUGUGGCCUUAAGAAAAUUUGACCUUAAAU